CACAAUCGCCCUUCUUCACCUACUCGCACCACCACUCACGGUGUCAUCAUCAGCACCGCUGGCAACUGCAACCGUUUGUGGCCUUGUCUGAAGCCACUGAAGCAUUUAUCAGUGGCGAAUUGCGCCCCUUCUCUUCUCUCACCCAACUCCCUCUUCCCUCCAGGCAUCCACCCAGCCGCGACAACAAGGCGGGCCGCCUGGCAGAGCAACAAUAUCAAAAUCGUCAGCGAGCGCCAGCAGAGAGCCCACAGCGAGCAUGGCGACGGCUACGGAGGGGUCGUUCAAGCAUGGCGAUGCCAGCUUCUACGCCAAGACCUGGACGCCCGAGGGCUCGAUCAAGGCCAAGCUCGUCUUCGUGCACGGCUUCAGCGAGCACAUCAACCGCUACAAUGACUUCUUCCCCCUACUGGCUGCGCGCGGCAUUCAGGUCUUCUCGUGGGACCAGCGCGGCUGGGGCCGCACCGUCACCAAGCCGUCGGAGCGCGGCCUGACGGGGCCGACGCCGCUGGUCAUCGGCGACGUCGCCGCCUUUGUGCGCGACAAGCUGGCCGCCGGUGCCGGGGGCGAGGGCCCGCCGCCGCCGCUGUUCGUCAUGGGCCACUCCAUGGGCGGCGGCGAGGUGCUGACCAUGGCGGGCGACUCGCAGUACGCCGAGCUGGUCGACCAGGUGCGAGGAUGGAUCGUCGAGUGUCCCUUGGUCGGCUUCACCAAGGGCGAAGAGCCCAGCAGCAUCAAGGUCUUCGCCGGGCGUCUCGUCGGCCGCCUGCUGCCCAGGCAACAGAUGAAGCACGUCGUGCCGCCUGAGCACCUCAGCAGAGACCCGGCCAUUGUUGAGUCGGUGCGCAACGACCCGCUGUGCCACAACACGGGCACGCUCGAGGGCCUGGCAUCGUUGCUGGAUCGAACGACGCUACUGUCGUCGGGCCAGGUCCGGCUGGGGCGGCAGGUGCGCAGCUUGCUGCUCGCGCACGGUACCGCCGACCAGGUCAGCAGCUUCGACGCAGCCAAGCAGUUCAUGGAGCGGCAGAGCGGCGUCGAGGACAAGACUUGCAAGUCGUACGAUGGCGCCUACCACCAGCUGCAUGCGGACCACUGCAAGGACGAGUUCUCCACGGACUUGGUGGACUGGAUCCUCGCGCGGUGCGACGGGAACGGCGCUCAGGGCGAGGAGCCGUCGCCGCCGCCAGGAUCUAAGCUGUAAAGUCUGGUCACGGGAAGCUCGCAUGGCCAUGGCGGGGCUCUGGGAGGGUGAGACGGAGACGGGGGGAAAGGUGCCUGAACGUGCAUGAGGCGAGUUGACGUUUUGGACUCGAGAGAUCGGACACCACAUGUAAUGCUAUAAUGCGAUUUCGACGUCUCCACAGUGGAUCUGCCUCUGCAGCCGUACCGCUUGCUCUUCGCUUGCUGUGAUGCGAUAUCUCGACUUCAUAGUGGGAGUAGUCAACGUGCAGGAGACUUGGCUCAGCAAACGCACUGAAUAGCGUCAAGAAGCGUGGAAGAGCCGCCGGUUUGCCAAUGUUGACAAGCCCGCACACUCGUCGAAAGCCGACGAACAGAGGGGGAGGCGAUGAAAAGCCAGGAAACCCGGGGCAGUUUACAGUUUUGUUUCAUUUUGUUUCGUUUCGACCGGCUGCCUUCCACUUACUUGACUACGAGCGGGUUGGUCUGGGUUGGCUUGCUCAGCAAACGCGAGUUCGCAGGAUGUUUAGUCUAUUCCGUGUUACCAAGCCCGCUUGCCUGUGCCGCACAUGCCGCUUGCGAGGCCUCCGUUCACCCAACCCACCCGCAGCGACCACGUUGGCGGUCAGAAGACG